AUGAGCAGGAAUACGCAGGACGGUCGUGAUCCGACUUCAGUCCAAGUGCUCGGCAUGAACAUCUCGCAUUCACAACCACUGGCUCGCAACAUGUCCGGCACCGGUGAUGUGACUCCACCCUCCGGCGCAUCGACGCCUCAUCAGCAGGGAGAUUACGCCGCAGCUCGCACUUACAUCCCUUCGCACGGAUUCACGGCUUCGCGCCUGCAGAACCAGUCUUCCUUUAGCACCGGAACCUCACAGAGCCCCGCGAGCAGCGAGGCGCAUGAAGAGCUGGCAUCCUUUUCAUCGCGCUCUGCCAGCCACAACGAUGCCUCCACUGCACCGCUCGCAUCGGCCGCCGCAGACAGCUCGAUGCGCAGGUCCUACGUCACCCGCGGUAACCGUAGCCUGAACCACAAGGAUUCGUUCGGAGGAUCCUACGGCUUCAAUGCAGCACCCGAUCUCAGCGCAGAAUCUGCCGACGAAGCUUCGACGCCCUCCGUGAUUGAACAGUCCCGACUUUCCCACGCUCAAGCUGACGGAUCAACCUCGGAGGGACAUCAUCGCAACAUCUCGCUAUCUCGUGCUGCUAAGCAUGCGCGCAACGGUGCACCUUUGGCUUUCCAGACUCGACAGCAGAGUGUCGGUCAUAACGACGCUGUCGCGGGUCUUACCGACGCUAUGGAGGUGCUGGGGCGCUCGGCCGCGGACCCCGUCUACGACGCUUCCACCUCGCGCAUCUCGAGAUCCCCUUCUGUGGCCGAUGCCAACCCGAACGAGUCUCUGGCCGCUGCUGCUAAUGCUGCUUCUCGAUUCGAAAGCUCCGAAUCGGCAUGGCAUCCCAACGACACCACCUUCUCGGCAAGCAGCGCCUAUCCAACAGCAUCGGAUCGCACGGAACGCCACUAUACUUCCACCUCCAAUGCGCCGUCGUCGACUGCUCCAGACCGGCCCAGCGUCCAAGCAGAGGUGCCCGGACUGCCGCAAAUCGGCGGCUCAGAGAGUCAAUCUGUCUCUGCCGCCACCCAGCUUCCCUCUCACGUCGACGAUCACUACCACGAUGGCAGCGUGCACCGCUCUAGGAGCAACGGUGACUUGCUUCAACCGGGAAAAACGCCCGGCGGAUCCGAUCUGCUUUCCGCAUCGCAGAAGGCCGAGCACAAGCCUCAGCACGCCGAACGCCGCGACCAAGGUGCCAGAGACAAAGCAAGCCAAUCUACCAUCCGAAGACCCGGAUCCAGCCGCACCCGCGAUACGGCAACGACAGCAUCGUCCUCGAAUCGCCCAGACGCCACGAAUCCCGCCGGCCGAUCGCUGAAGACCACACAUCGCGUCUUGCCCCAGCUGCCGUCCGCGCAAGGUGUCAGGCCGGCACCCCCUCCAGCCAUGUAUUGGUCCAAGGCACCCGUCCACGGCAGCGUGCCGCGACGAAGUUUUCGUGCACACACUGCCAAUCUCUGCGACGAGGUCUUGUGGCUUUUUGGGGGUUGCGACAAUCGUGGUUGCUUCCGCGAUCUGUGGUGCUUUGACACGGAGACCAUGUGCUGGUCCAAGCCAAAGGUCACUGGCGACAUCCCGCCGGCUCGACGCGCUCACUCCGCUACCAUGGUCAACAAGCGUCUCUUCGUGUUCGCUGGAGGAGAUGGCCCCCAUUACUUCAACGAUCUGUUCGUGUUCGACACCGUUUCCCUGCGCUGGUCCAAGCCGGAAAUAGGGGGCACCGCCCCGAGCCCGAGACGAGCGCACACUUGCAACUACUACGAAGGACAGCUCAUCAUCUUCGGUGGAGGCAAUGGUGUUGGUGCCCUCAAUGACGUUCACACCCUCGACGUCACCGAUCUUUCGCGUCUCGAAUGGCGAAAGAUGGAGUGUAGUGGCAAGGUGCCCAUCGGACGCGGUUACCACACAUCCAACCUCGUCGACGGCAAGCUCAUCGUGAUCGGUGGAAGUGAUGGCCACAUGUCUUUCAACGACAUCCACAUCCUCAGACUUGACACACAGACCUGGUAUCAAGUCAAGACAGAGGAGAUCCACAACCGCCUCGGUCACACCGCCACCCAAGUCGGCUCCUACCUUUUCAUCUUCGGAGGACACGACAGCAAGACCUACACAUCGGAGCUGCUGACCCUCAAUCUCGUCAACCUGCAGUGGGAGCCGAGAAAGGUGUGCGGCAAGAAACCACAGGGCCGAGGCUAUCACCAGGCAUGGCUCAGAGACUCGAGGCUCUUUGUGCACGGAGGCUUCGACGGCAAAGACAUCUUUGACGAUCUGCACUUUUUGGACCUGGCUGCAUGUGCGUACCUGCCGCAGAUCACUAGCUUCAGUGUCGAGCUCGACGACGAGGAAUGA